AUGAGUGAAUCAAUCACUCAAAUUCCUAAUGGGAAUAACGCGUCAAAUAAUAAAAUUCAAAUAAAUUCACCAACAUAUAAACCAAAUUUAAUUACUUCAUUAGAUUGUAAAAUUUUACAAUAUGAAUAUGGAAUUUUUAAAUUGAAAAAAUUUAUAACAUCAAUUAAAAAGUUACAAUCAUUAGAAAAUGAAUUACCAUUAUUACAUUAUAUUGUUUUAUUAUCAGGAAAUACUUUUGCAAUAAAUGAUAAAGCUUUUGAUUCAAAAUUUGAUAAAUUAUCUCAUUUUCAACCUGUUACAAUUAGUACAAUUAAUAUCUCGACAGCGGUAUCUCAUAUUCCAUAUGAUAUACCCGAUUUACCUGUAACUGCAUUAGAUGAUAUGCCAACAAUUGAUACAGCUCGUAAAUGUUUAAAACAAUUGGAAAAUUUAAGUAAUAUUUGUCUUAAUGGUUAUUUGAAAAAAUUAUCACUAGCCAAAAUUGAUAAAACAAAUAGUUUAAAAGAUAUAAAUUUAGAUUCAUAUUAUACAGAAUUAGGUAAAAUUAUAUCCAAUGAAAUUUUCCAUAAUGAUAUUGAUUUAGAAUUAAAUGAUUUAACUUUCCCAAUCAACAAAGAAGAACAACAAAAUCAAAAUUAUCAAGAAGCUUCAUUAAUUGAUAUGGACAUAAAAGAAAUAUUUGUAAUUAUAAGUCAAAUUGAAAAUCUGUUAACUAAACUAAAACCUUUGAUAAAUCAGUUGAAAAAACCAGACUCCUCAAAAGAUUCAUAUGCAAUUCAUAAAGUAUUUUUAAUCACUCAAAGAUUAAAUGAAAUUUAUACAAUAAUUAGAAGAUUUGGUAGAAAAAUAUAUCUAUCUAACCACCAACAUUUACUUGAUUCAAAAUUUUUAUUUCAUUCACCAAAUUCUGCAUUUUUUAAAACCACAGUAUUAAAAAAUAUGGAUGAAUAUUAUAAUUCAAUGAAAAAAAAUGGUACAUUAAUUGCAAAUAUAACAAGAUUAAUACGUCAAGAUUCAAAAUUUGAAAUAAAUAAUAAGAAUAUUUUAAAUCAUAUAAAUUUUGCAAGUCAAGGUUUAAAUAUUAUUGAGAAAUCCUUAUCAAUUUUAAAAGAAUUCGGUAUAAAUUGGAUUGUCUCAGAAAGAAAAUUUAGAAGUAUUUAUCAUUUACCAAUGUCAAAUUUGGAUAAAAUUUAUAAUUCAAUACCUGAAGUACAACAACAACAACAACAGCAACAACAACAGCAGCAACAACUACAAGCCAAAAAAUCAAAUGGAACGCUAAAUAGUCAAUUAAAAAAAUUGGAUGUUAAUGAAACCGUAAGACGAUCAAGAUCUUCUUCAACUUCAAGCGUAAGUAGUAACAAUAGUAAUUCAUCAUCAGGUUUAUUAAGAAAAAACUCAAUAACAUCACCAAAUAAAGCCUCACCAAGACCUAGACCUAACUCAAUGCUAUUUAUGCAACAACAACAACAACAACCACUGACCAGUUCAGCCGAUAAUAAUGACUCCAAAAUAUCCAACGGUAAAGCCACACAACCGAUUACUUCACCACAAGGUCGUAAAAGAUCAGAUUCUCAACCUUCCAUAAAUGAAGCAAUUGCAACUUCAGGAGCAGCUGCUGCAUUAUCUAAAAGUGGACUCAAAUCAAAUUCAUCUCCUCAAAAAUCACUGACAACUACCGAACCUACAAAUCAACAAUCUGAAGAAAAAUCAAAGUCAAAGGAACAAUCUGUAAAUCCAACAAGUAACUUGACCAAAAAAUUGUUGGCUGUUGAAGAAGAAGAAGUUGUUGAUGUAACACCAGUAAAUUCAAAAUUAUCGGCUUCACAAAGAUUUCAAGAACAUGUUAGAACUGCAGCCAAAUCUGGUGAUUUAGUCACUCAACAAAAGGAAACUUUAACUACAGUGACUUACGAUCCGAAUCAUCCUAAUAAAAUACAAAGAAGAAGAUAUAUUGAUGCUCCAAAACAGAAUGAUCAAGUAAAAUCACAACAACCACCACAACAAACUUCACCAUUAAAUAAUUACGGUCAACCAAUAAGAAGAACAAGAGAUUCUGUAACAAGACAAAAUACUCAACGUAAUAGCCAUAUCCCAGAUGACAUAGCAUCAACUUCAACAACUUCCUCAUCAACUUUAAGUGGUACACCAGAACCACAAGUUCAAGAACAAGCUUCAACAAAUCAAUCACAAAAUGGAACAGAACCAAAACCAACAACUACAAUUUCAAACUUAUCUGAUUCAGAUGAUACAACGGCAACAAUAGAAGUAACAUCAACAAUAAUCAAAAAAGUCAGAUUUAUUGGUGUCCCAGAGUAUAAUGAAGCAGAAGAUGCACCAACGAAAUAUUCUCAUGCAAUAUUAAGAAAUUUUGCAGUAUUCAGAUCACCUUCCAAAAUUGCAAAACAAUAUUACGCCAAGAGUGAUCAAUUUUUAAAAGAAGAAAGUAUGUCAUUUAAAGCGAAUCAAGUUUUAGAAGAAAAUAAUACCACCAAUAAUCAAAACAACAAUAUUAAUGUUGCAAAUCCAGCCGCUAUUGCUGCCAUAAGUCCAGCCGAUUAUAUACAACCGAAACCUAAAGGCAGAUUAUCUAAAUUUAGUUUCAAACUGCUGUAA